AAGUAGGAAAGCCGUGAGUGGUGAUUUAUGACGUCAGUCAUACUUAAGUUUUUAGUAGCAAAACAAAAAUGGCGAAGUUAUGUGUGGUGUGUGGUAGUUUGUGCGCGUAUUUUCUCUUAUUUCUAACAACUGGGGCGUUUUGUUCGGAAUAUGCUUACUACUACGAAACGGAUUUUCAAGAUGACAAAGCUGAAUAUGUUUUAUCAAAGCAAUUGUUGGAGGAAGUAUCACAACGGUUUAGGAGAGACGCCCAGAUUGAAAACAACCAAAGCAAUGCAAGGAGCCAAAACACGACACAACCUGUUAAUGCCACUAAUGUGGUCAAUGGGAAUAAAACGCAAAGUGACAACAAAAUUUCAACAGCAAAAACGAAAUUGGGAAAGACGACUAAAACGGCAACGAAUGCAACCGCACCGAAAGUCCAAUUGGAAAGUCUGCAGAAGAAUUUGGGCGAAAAUGGCACCGGAAUCCGGAAAAACAUCACAAUCGACAAACCCAAAACCCUCCCCAAUCAAACCCUUGAUAAAUCGGUUUUACAAAAUAUAACACUUCCGAAAAACGAAACGGACGAUGGAGAGCUAUCAAUUGAUAGUUUCCCUCCUGACGCCAACGAACUGAACAAGACUUUGGAAGAACACCACAUCACUAAUUCAACCGAAGACACUCACUUGUAUUACAACAGUUCACUCGUGACUGAUCCCGAAUUGAGCCGUUACUAUUGGGUCGACUUGGAGAAUUCGACGGAUACAAAAGUGAACGAAUUGUUAUCAAGAUCGCACCGGCGAGCCGCUACGGUGCAAUUAUCUUUCGACUUUCCAUUUUACGGUCACUUAAUUAAAAAUGUGACAAUUGCAACGGGCGGAUUUUUAUAUACCGGUGAUUAUGUCCACUCAUGGCUCGCAGCCACCCAAUACAUAGCCCCUUUAAUGGCAAAUUUCGACACAAGCAUUUCCAAUGAUAGUUACAUCAAAUAUAUCGAUAACGGUACUGCUUUCACAGUAGAAUGGGAAAAAGUCGUCUUGCAAGAUAGAGCAAACCAAGGAGAGUUCACUUUCCAAACCACGUUGUACAAAAACGGCGACAUUGUUUUUGUUUACAAGAAUGUGCCGUUAUUUAUCAAAAAUAUCACCGAUGAUCAUCAUCCUGUUAAAGUGGGACUUUCAGAUGCCUACAUUAUCGACCGGACGAUAUUUUUGGUCCGCCGGAAGACAAUUUAUGAGUAUCACAGGAUUAAUUUCGUUAAAGGAGAUAUCAGGAACGGGACUGUUAUCUAUCUGACAGCGUUACCAACUUGUUUGCAGAAUGAGGAUUGUCUCUCGUGUGUCACCAGGAAAGUUUCUACAUUUCAGUGUUUUUGGUGUCCGAUUAUCAAGCGGUGCUCGAAUGGAGUGGAUCGUAAACGACAAGACUGGUUGGCGAAUCAUUGUCAGAGUAAGAAAUACAAUGAAUCGAUUUGUUCUCACAUAAGUGGGGCCGAUAUUUUCGAUGCUAGUAACAUUACAUAUGUGCAUGACGCCAAUGAAUUUCAAAGACAGUUAGAAGAGUACAACAAUGCGAGUGUCUUGGCGGCCACACAUCCCGUGAGGAUGGGAGUCUCCAGUAUUGUGGCGAUUUUGUUUCUCAUUGCAAUGGUGGCAGGUCUGGCGGUUUGGAUACUUUAUGCCUACAGGAAUCCUCACACGACUAGCGGACAAAUCCUCAUAAGAUAUCGGCCGAGUCAGUGGCGGUGGCGGAGGGGCGAAGCCAGAUAUACAGCGGCAACAAUACACAUGUGACGGGUUUUUGAAGAUUUUUAUCCUUCCAUCUUAAAUUUAUGUAGGUUAACCACUUUGCAUGAAUUAAAUGCAAUUUAAAAUAGGACUGAAGGAGUUUAUAUCGCUGUAAUAUCUCUAUUUUACCAUUAAUGAUGCUUUCUGUGAUAAAAUUGAGGAACGUCCAAAAUUAUGAAUAAUUAGAACUAUGCCUUCUAAAGUGCCUAAGUAUUAAGUAAGACGUUAUAAAACUGAUUUUCUUUACUUUUUACUCUGUUUUAUUUGUAUUAUUUCUGUAUAUACGUACAAUAAGAUUAAUAGAAUCCUUUUCUCAGUAUUGCUAGUAGGAAUCUGUUCUAAAAUUUUAAAUUCGGACCAACUUUGGUGGCCUUUUCAUGUUAACGGACGGACAUACAAAUUUGAAACAUUUUUUUAUUAUAAUGUAGCGUUGUAGUGACUGUUAUUUUUCAAAUUUGCUUGUUAAAGACGUAAUUAAGUCCUUAAUAAAUUUUAUACCUACUGUA